AUGUUUUCCAAGCUUGUAUUCGCAAUCGUUCUAGCAUUAGGCGCAGCAGAACAAUGCCCAAAUGGACAAGCACCCGUUGGCCCUUGCAAGGAUUCAAAAUGUCAGGAUGGAUAUGAAUGUGUCAAACCAUUGGAUCAAUGCUGUCCUAUUGGGAACGAUACUUUGACAACUGUUUACCCAAGCAACACUGGUGGCCCAAGACCUGGUCCCGGACCUAUCAACCCUACUGUAGAUCCAUCAUGUAAGGAUAGAACUAAUCGAAAGACGGGGAUCUCCGAAUGUCCUUUUCGUGCUGGACUUUGUGAUAUUCCCAUAUAUUCUAGAAUAAUGACAGUGCAAUGUCCGAGAACAUGUGGAAAAUGUCCCGGACAACAACCGCUCACGAAAACCGCUUGUGUCGACUUAGUGAAUCCCGCCACCAAUAGCUCCGAAUGCUCUUCCCGGAUUGACCUUUGCAUGGAUCCAGUUUAUCAGGAUGUGAUGAUGAAACAAUGCCGAAAAACCUGCGGAUUUUGCAGUUCCACCACAAAUAAAACAGCUGUAAUUAAUCCAGCUAUGCGAGGAAAUCUGAAAAAGGUGUUCCCUAGACGUCACCAGAAGGACGUUCAAAACGAUAAUAAAACGUAUUUUCUGAAAAUCACUCUCCAGGACUUCAUUGGGAACGGAAUGCGAUAG